UCCGGUCAUCCCUAAUCUCAAAUCAAAGAUCUGCGCCUCCCCAAAACCGCAAAGCUUCAAGCUUUGGCAACCGCCCGGUCCCGUCUUCUUCUUCUCGCCCAUCCCCCGCCCUCGCAUGGCUGGAGUAAGCACGAAUCGCAAGAGUACAAGAUAGUGCAACGGCCGGAGUGGCGUAGGGAGGUGGUCAAGGCCGCUGGCCGCAGCUCGGUCCAUCCAACCUCCAGCCACCAUUCCAGCCGCGGCGGCCAUGCCUCCUACGCGUAGCGCCGUGGCGCUCCUCCUCGCCGCCGUCCUCUGCCUCGGCGGCGUCUGCCGUGCGUCGUCGGACUUCGACUACCCGGCCGCCUUCAACUUCGGCGACUCCAACUCCGACACGGGCGGCCGCAUCGCCGCCGGAUUCGAGCCCAUGCUCCCGCCCUACGGCUCCACCUUCUUCGGAGGCCCCGCCGGCCGCUUCUCCGACGGCCGCCUCAUCCUCGACUUCCUCAUGGAUGCGAUGGAUAUGCCGUUCCUCAAUUCAUACUUGGAUUCUGUUGGUGCACCUAACUUUCGGGCUGGUGUUAACUUUGCUCAAGCUGGUUGUUCGAUUACUCCAGCAACUGCAACAUCUGUCAGCCCGUUUUCCUUUGGUCUUCAGAUUAAGCAAUUCUUUGCAUUCAAGGAAAAAGUCACUAGGCUGCUCUCUAAAGGAGAUAGGUACAGGCAUUUUAUUCCUCAGUUGGAUUACUUUUCGAAGGGACUCUAUAUGUUUGAUAUAGGUCAAAAUGACCUUGCUGGUGCAUUUUAUUCAAAAACAGAGGACCAAGUCAUUGCAUCUAUUCCGACUAUUUUGUUGGAAUUUGAAUCUGGGCUCAAGACACUAUACGAGCAAGGUGCCAGGAAAUUCUGGAUUCACAACACAGGACCUCUUGGCUGCUUACCUCAGAACAUAGAUCUUUGGGGCAAAGAUCCAACACAACUGGAUGAACAUCAUUGUGUGGCAAAGCACAAUCGUGCUGCAAAGAUUUUCAAUUUACAGCUGCAUGCACUUUGCACAAAGCUGAGAGGUCAAUUUCCUGGAAGUGAUAUCACUUACGUCGAUAUCUACUCCGUCAAAUACAGCCUGGUCGCCAAUUACUCUAGAUAUGGGUUCGAGAGUCCCACCGAAGCUUGCUGCGGAUAUGGAGGGCCACCCCUGAACUACGAUGGUAGAGUACCGUGUGGACAGACGAAAUCCGUGAAUGGUAAUCUUGUAACUGCAAAAGGAUGCAGUGACAGUACUGAGUAUGUCAACUGGGAUGGAAUACACUAUACGGAAGCUGCAAAUUUCCAUGUUACAUCACAGAUUCUUACUGGAAAAUACUCGGAUCCUCCGUUCUCUGAGAAGAUGCCGUUCCUCUUGAAGCCGAGAUUCUAAUGUGUGGGUAACUUUAGUUCCACUGAAUCAGUAAGGCAAUGUACUGUCUUACUCCUCACAAAUGAUGUAUUUAUCACUUGUCAAUAACCAUAUAUAGCUUGUUUUCAAUUGCCCAAA